AUGUUAGAAAGAGUGGCUGGUCCUGCGCCGGGGGCUUCAAUCAAUACUGAAUCAAUUUCUAAUCAAUUGUACCAAGGGCUAGAAGGUGCGCUACGAUCUAUCUAUGUUGAUGAAGAGCAAUUGCUGCCCAGUGCCAAAAGUCUGCCACUUGACACAGCUACCAUGGUAGCCGGCCUCUUUCAUGAAGAUGUCGGUAGUUGUACAGAACGGAAAUACUGA